UCUUUUGAGGGAAGAUGCUUCAAAACAAACAAAACUACUAAUUAGAUCAGUGUCUUUCAAUGUAAAACAACUCAAUAUGUUCUAUUGAAAUAAUAGCGUUAAAUACAAAAAUCAGAAAUGGUUUAAAUUUCAAACAUGAAGUUUCGGAAUCAGUGAUUGGGACAGAAAUAGAUGUAUAAACAAUAGGAAAGUUUCAGGUCAGGUGACAUACCUUAGGAAACCAGUUUCACUUGGUUGAUGAGAGAGAAAAACUCCACCCUAUUCUGUCACUUUUCAUGGUAAACCCUAUAAGUCAGAGACGUAGAGUAGGUGAGUUCUUCAUUGUCAACAUCGACCCUGUUCAGACUAUACUCUCCUGUCUCUCUCUCUCUCCCUCCGUCAACUCAAUCCAUCCAUUCUACCAGGGCUCCAUCAGGAUGGUGUCAGCUGGGUUACAGAUGCUGGGCACGGCCCUGGCGAUCAUCGGCUGGCUGGGAAGCAUCAUCAUCUGUGCUCUGCCCAUGUGGAAGGUGACAGCUUUCAUCGGAGCCAACAUCAUUACAGCCCAGACCAUCUGGGAAGGGUUAUGGAUGAACUGUGUGACCCAGAGCACGGGACAGAUGCAGUGUAAGGUCUACGACUCCAUGCUGGCAUUACCUCAGGACCUGCAGGCCGCCAGGGCUCUGAUCAUAAUCGCCAUAAUUGCCGGUGUGUUUGCCAUCCUGCUUGGCAUCGCCGGCGGGAAGUGCACCAACUUCGUGGAUGACGAGAGUUCCAAGGCCAAGGUAGCCAUCGCUAGCGGAGUCGUCUUCCUCAUUGCUGCCCUUCUGGUUCUGGUCCCUGUCUGCUGGUCGGCCAACACCAUCAUCCGAGACUUCUACAACCCCCUUUUGGUCGAGGCCCAGAGAAGGGAGCUGGGAGCCUCACUCUACAUCGGCUGGGGCUCCGCAGGGCUGAUGAUCCUGGGCGGGGCGCUCCUCUGCUGCUCCUGCCCCCCCAAAGAUGAAAACCUCAAUGUCAAGUACUCCAAGGCUGCUAGUUCCGUGGCUGGCAGCAGCAAGGCCUACGUCUAUCAAGUGGACCUACUACUGGCAGUGGUGGAACCAGCACCUCCACACGUGGAGAUGUAUCCACUCAGUCAAGUGGACCUACACUGGCAGUGGUGGAACCAGCACCUCCACACGUGGAGAUGUAUCCACUCAGUCAAGUGGACCUACUACUGGCAGUGGUGGAACCAGCACCUCCACACGUGGAGAUGUAUCCACUCAGUCAAGUGGACCUACUACUGGCAGUGGUGGAACCAGCACCUCCACACGUGGAGAUGUAUCCACUCAGUCAAGUGGACCUACUACUGGCAGUGGUGGAACCAGCACCUCCACACGUGGAGAUGUAUCCACUCAGUCAAGUGGACCUACUACUGGCAGUGGUGGAACCAGCACCUCCACAUGUGGAGAUGUAUCCACUCAGUCAAGUGGACCUACUACUGGCAGUGGUGGAACCAGCACCUCCACACGUGGAGAUGUAUCCACUCAGUCAAGUGGACCUACUACUGGCAGUGGUGGAACCAGCACCUCCACACGUGGAGAUGUAUCCACUCAGUCAAGUGGACCUACUACUGGCAGUGGUGGAACCAGCACCUCCACACGUGGAGAUGUAUCCACUCAGUCAAGUGGACCUACUACUGGCAGUGGUGGAACCAGCACCUCCACACGUGGAGAUGUAUCCACUCAGUCAAGUGGACCUACUACUGGCAGUGGUGGAACCAGCACCUCCACACGUGGAGAUGUAUCCACUCAGUCAACUGUCUUCUGGACUGCUUUGAGUUCAGCGACAGACACACCUCAGAGAACUUGGCAGAGGAACUGUUGAGAGUGGCAAGAGAAUGGCAAGUAUAUGGAAAAGUGGUCUGUUGUGUUAGCGACAAUGCAGCUAACAUAACCAAAGCCAUGAAAAUGUUCAAAUGGACCCAUCAUCCAUGUCCUGCCCACACAAUCAACCUGAUUGUAAGAGAUGCUCUGAAGGUGAUGAAGCAGACUGUGGACAAAGUGAAAGCAGCUGUGGAAUACUUCCACAGGAGCACAACAACAACCAGCAAGCAGCGAGAGAGACAGUGUGUUCUCUCCUCUGCCCCCUCUAACAUGGUCUCUCUGGGGAUCCAGAUGCUGGGCAGCGCCCUGAGCCUGCUGGGCUGGGUGGGGGUCAUCCUGACCUGCAUCCUGCCCAUGUGGAGGGUCACGGCCUUCAUUGGAGCCACCAUCAUCACGUCUCAGACCAUCUGGGAGGGGAUCUGGAUGAGCUGCGUGGUCGAGAGUACGGGCCAGAUGCAGUGUAAACCAUACGACUCCCUCCUGGCCCUGUCCUCCGACCUCCAAGCCGCCAGAGCGCUCACCGUCCUCGCCAUCGCCACGGGCACCGCCGGGCUCCUACUGGCCUUCGUCGGGGGGAAGUGCACUCGGUUUCUGGACGAGCAAGGUGGCGGGGUCAAAGAACGGGUUGCCGUGACAGCGGGCGCGGUGUUGAUCGCCACGGGGGUGCUGUGCCUGAUCCCCACUUCGUGGGCUGCUGGGGCGGUGGUGCAGGGGUUCUACAGCUCCGCCACCGAUGCCCAGCGGAGGGAGAUCGGGGCGUGUCUAUACAUCGGCUGGGGGGCAUCCAUCCUUCUCAUCCUGGGAGGGGGCCUGUUCAUCAGCUCCUCCUGCCCCCUCAGGGCCCACGAUGAGGAUAAGAGCCCCUCUGUUCGCUACCUGGUGGUUCGCUCUUCCAACGGAGCUGCCUCCAGCCAGGCAGCAGCCUCCCAGCACAGCAGGGGACCGUCCACAAAGUCCCAGGCCAACGGAAAAAUGGCCUUUACCAGGUCUCACAGCAGCCAGGCAGCAUCUGCCAAGUCUCAGCCCUGGGGAGUGGUGAAAACCAGGCCUCCCUGGGAGGAGUACGGGCUAGGUAUGGUAGAGCAGGACUACAUGCCGGGGUCUGGGGGGAGUAAGGCACCGUCUACAAAGUCUCAGUUGAAAAGACUGGAGUCUCAGGAGAGUUUAGCAGACAAGUCUCAACCCAACGAGGAUGAAUCCUUAAACCCAACUAAGACCUAUCUCUGAGACCACACACACACACACACACACACACACACACACACACACACACACACACACACACACACACACACACACACACACACACACACACACACACACACACACACACACACACACACACACACACACACACACACACACACACACGCACACACACACACACACACACACAGAGAGAGAGAGCAUGGUUGAUGGGAGAUAUGGACAUUAACUAUGCCUUGUUUACUUGUUUUGUGUGUAAAAGGUGAUAUUAGACAUGUGAAUAUCUGCUGGCACUGAAAGGUUUUCUUUUUAUUAGCUGGGUUUGUUUAUGACAUGUAAAAGCUGUUCCGUGUGUUGUUGCUGUAAUAAUGUAUGUAAAGAAAAGUCUUCUUCCCUUGAUGUGAAUAUGUUUUCAGUCCCUUUAACAAUGACCAGACAUAUACAGACUAUUGAUUAGUGUUUAUAUGAAACCUCUUGGUUCUGCCGUUUGUUUUCGUAGCAUCAUUUUGACACAUUUAAAAAUACCAUUUCCUUUUUAUGUAGCUCUUUACGUGACAAAAAUCAGAAUUAGUUCAAUAUGAAUUAGUAUGUGACCAGCUACGCUAUGGAAAGAUCUGUGUGACCAGCUACGCUAUGGAAAGAUCUGUGUGACCAGCUACGCUAUGGAAAGAUCUGUGUGACCAGCUACGCUAUGGAAAGAUCUGUGUGACCAGCUACGCUAUGGAAAGAUCUGUGUGACCAGCUACGCUAUGGAAAGAUCUGUGUGACCAGCUACGCUAUGGAAAGAUCUGUGUGACCAGCUACGCUAUGGAAAGAUCUGUGUGACCAGCUACGCUAUGGAAAGAUCUGUGUGACCAGCUACGCUAUGGAAAGAUCUGUGUGACCAGCUACGCUAUGGAAAGCCCCAGCCGGGACAAACCAGUUUGACAGAGAGUGAGUUGAGGCUGAGCUCACACCAAUGGUUUGCAUUGUGUUAGGGAGCGAUAAAAUGUGGUGUUCCAAAUGGCACCCUAUUGCCUAUACAGUGCACUACUUUUGACCAGGGCUCAUAGGGAAUAGGUUGCAAUUUGGGAUACACACCGUGAUGUUCGUGAAGGAUUCAAAUGUGAGUUUCACCAGAUCAUGGACAUGUGACGUCUGGGUUUUGUUUAUUAAAAUACAGAUGUUUUCCUGUUUACCCUGAACAAGUAUAUCUCUACCAUGAGGUGAGGAUCAAAUGUACUGUCGACCUACAUGCUUCUAGCCUACUAAACCCAAUGUAACAAACACAAGCUCUGUUUUGCCAAAUUAGGAUGACAAUGCAGGUUUGAGCUCCCUCUGGUGUCUGGAUGGGUUUGUACAUGAACACAGUAAACACAGUAACUCUCAUUGACUAAAGGGUAUAUAUUAAUGAGCAGGAGAAAACCCUCAGGCCCCAAGGACUGAAUGUACAAUAUCAAUAAAUGUUUGGAACCA